AUGAGGAGCGCGGUUGUUAUGGUGAAGCAUUUCCCUAGAGGUGAAAGCACGGGGACGCAACGGCAGUAGCAGCAGCGGCAGCUGGUCUUGUCGAGUUGAAGAAACGCGGAUAUGAGAACACGUCUCGCUGUCAGACACUGAGCGCUAGGAAGAGAGUUGCUGGCCAUGUGCUGCUAUCAGGAGGGCCAUGACUUGAAGCUGAACCCUGAUGCUGCCGUUUACGACCUCCACACAUGUCCUGUGUCCUGGGUUUAAAUGAACAACUCAUUGAAGCAUUACAGCCGCCACCACGUCCUGUCGUGUCUUGGACACAGCCCUCCAUCAUCACUUCCUGCUUCCCCUUCAGUUCAGGAUGCAUUGAGAAAGACACUAGUUUUUAUGGAUGAAAUACCCAUUACUUUUGUGGAAUACCAUCAUUUGAUUGUGUGCUCUGGAUUUUGCACUGGCGUGCAAAGACCUACAGACCUCCUCAGUAUGAUUUUUCUUCACUGCGCAAGUGAGAGGUGGAGAAAUGACCUAUUUUUUCCUGGAUGUUUUUGGAAAACGGUGUAUUGAAAAGUGUGUUACUCAGAGAGUGGCAAAUGAAAUGCUCUUGACCAAUCCAGGAUGGAUUUAAAGUCUGAAGAUGGAUUAGUAGCCGUUUCCACCAUAACCAUGCCUUACCUCUUUUGUACUAAUUUGAACAAAACCGACCCAUGGAUUUAAGUUUUGUACUUCAGUGGCACCUAGUAUGGUGUCGCAAUAUGGAAUAUUUAGUAUUGGAAAUGAGGAGUGGGAACUCCAUUCUAUCGCGUAUCGGCAUGUAGGGGAUUGAGGAGCCUACGUCAGCCAUUUUUUUACUACAGCCAUACAGGACAAUUUUGAAUCCUUUACCCUUCUCCUGUUUUUUUUGUGAAACUCUAAAGCACCCCCCCCAUCCUGUCACUGUCAGAAUGAUGGUGGUUUAAAUUGAUCUUGAGGACUGUUUUCUUGGAUUACACCCAUGGUUUUGGCAUCAGCAGCUAAAGGUCUCUAAAGCUUCUGAUUAAAAGAGACCUUGGGCUGGUGCCACCAUUGGGAUGUUCAGAAGAUCCACCCAGCUCUUCACUUCAUCUUAACCUCAACCUGUAGUCGACACAAGGACAGACUUGCUAAGCUUUGUGGAGGGUACGGGACCAGGGGGGGCGUGGGCCAGGGUCCAUAGGCCAGAGGCUCGGGGUCAAAGGUCAUGGCGGAACAUGCGGAGCUGCUUGCAGAGAUGGCCACGGUCGGACGGCUGUCCGCCACGGAGCGGCUCAAGCACGCCCAGAAGCGACGGACGCAGCAGCUGAAGGGAUGGGCCCAGAUGGAGAAGGACAGCGCCCGCGGUGGCAAGGCGCUGCACAAGGCGGACAAGAACAAGAAGAAGGACAAGGACAAGGACAAAGAGCAAGGUCGCAGGGUCACCUUCCCCAGUAACAUUACUUUAUUGGAGUCAGCGGCACGCAAUGACUUGGAAGAAGUGAGGGAGCUGCUGAAAAGUGGAGUCAGUCCAGACUUGGUCAACGAGGAUGGCCUCACAGCGUUGCACCAGUGUUGUAUAGAUGACUUUGAGGACAUAGUGCGUUGCCUGGUCGAGGCAGGGGCCGCUGUAAACGCCUGUGACAGUGAGCUAUGGACCCCGCUGCACGCUGCUGCCACCUGUGGACACACUUCAUUAGUGCAGCUGCUGGUGGAGUCCGGGGCGGACGUGCUAGCGGUGAACGCGGAUGGCAACAUGCCCUAUGACCUCUGUGAGGAUGAGGCCACUCUGGAGCUCAUUGAGAUGGUCAUGGCGGAGAAAGGCAUCACGCAAGAGCGCAUAGACGAGUGCAGAGCAGCCAAGGAGAAGGAUAUGCUUGUGGAUGUUCAGGCAUUAAUAAACGAAGGAGGAGACCUGAAAGCCAAGGAUGAGCAAGGGGCCACACUGCUGCAUGUUGCGGCUGCCAAUGGAUAUCUGUCGGUAGGGGAGAUGCUGCUGGAGCACAACUUCCCAAUGGAGGAGAAGGACAGCGACGGCUGGACGCCACUCCAUGCUGCCGCCUGCUGGGGACAGCUUCAUAUGGUGGAGCUGCUGGUGGCGCAUGGGGCCAAUUUGGGCGCAAAAUCCGUCCUGGAGGAGACACCUCUGGAUGUGUGUGCGGAUGAGGAGGUGAGGGCGAAGAUGCUGGAGCUGAAGCAUAAGCACGAUGCCAUCAUGAAGAGCCAGGAUCGCCACAAGGGUACCCUGCAGAGACGAGCCUCCAGCGCCAGCAGCAGAGGUAAGGUGGUGCGGCGCACGAGUGUGAAUGAGCGCAAUAGCCUGUACCGUCGGGAGCACCACAAGGAGGCCAUGGUGUGGCAGGACAGAGGACGGCAGGCGGAGCCUCCAGACGAUGACGAGGACCGGCAAACCAACGCAGAGCUCAAUCAACACCCAGCUAUGGCGUCGAGCUCUGCUGUGGCAGCAGUACCAGGCGUGGAGGAGGCGAACCACGGUGAGAGGCUGGUGGACAUGGGGGUCCUGGGGAAUGGAGGAGCAGCCGUGUCCAUGUCGUCCCUGCCCAGGGAGCUGGGCGACCGAGUGGGCCCCAUGGACCGCAGCGCCUCCUACCAGCUCGCGGCGCCCCCUGGAGUCGGGGAAGGCGAUGGAAAGGCGGACAGCAUGAGCCGGGAGAAGUCCCACCACACGCUGGCCGAGCUCAAGAGGCAGCGGGCGGCCGCCAAGCUCCACAAGCACCCCGCGCCUCCCCCGCCCCUGUCCCCCCAGCCCGAAGAGGAGCCGCUGCCCUCUGACCUGCCGUCCCCGGAGACACAGCGGGCACAGGAGGACAUUAUCUCGCCCAACACUGUGUACUUUACGCCGGCCAGUGGGGAUCCCCCGUUGCUGAAACUGCGGGCACCGGAGGAGGAACCUCCAAAUACGAAGGAGCCUUGCUGUGGUGUCAUGUAGGGGACAGACUUACAUUCAUGCGGAUUUACAUGGCAUUUACAGCACGAACUUACAUGAAGUGUUUUGAAGUCAGUCUGGUGAAGGAGAUGAGCCUUACCGGGGAUAUGGUCCCUGAGAUACCCACACACAUGUGGUGUUACAUGGCAUUUACAGACAAUACAGUAUGCAUUGGCUCACAUGAAAUGUUCUGAAGUCAAGUUUGUAAUGGAGAUAAGCUUAAUAGAGACAAGAAAUGGGACAAAUGCAUACACUGCACACUUCACAUUCACAGCGCUCUGUUGCAUGCUCAAAAUAACCCUGGUGCAGUGCUGUGUAGUCACUACCCAUGAUGCCUUGGGUGACAUGGGCAUAUGAAACUCAGAAUCUAAGGGACACUUGUAGUGUUUAGUAACAAAAUGAAGAUGCCUUUCAGAGAUUGCAUAAGGCAAGUGCACUACGGAGGGCCUAUACUUGCACUUCAGAUGUCGGGAAUAAUGGAAAAAAGGGUGAUGCUUUUUCACCCUUAGUCAUGCCAUUUCAAUUGUGUUCUUUGUUAGAUUUAUUUUAUUUGGGCGAUUGUGUUCUUAAAAAAAUAACCUCACUGAAGCCUUAACAUAUUUUCACCAGAUUACACCUUAAAUGACUGAUAGCCAGCAUUCCAAACCCUCACCCGCUUAGCAUGGGUCAGUAGGGACUAACUAACCUUUUCAUGCACUGUUAAAUUGCACCAACUGUAACUUCCGUAGAACCUCGUGUACAAAAGUGGACCAAAACUAAGGCCUCGAGCAAGAGUUUACGGAUUCGUUCAGUUAAACUGAGCAAGUAAUACACUCCACCUGAAAAGGAAAUGUAAAAAAAAAUGUUAGCUGACACCCUCCACAGAAAAUUAUCUGCAAAUUUUGCACGUUACUGUGUUAGAAUUGAAGAAACCGGUCUUGCAGUAAUUGAUGAACAUGUGUUUUGGAGUAAUGUAUUUUUUAAUGUGUGGCUCUACAACAACCAACUGUGUCAGACUGAACUGGAAAAAUUGGUUUCUGUGUUUAGUUUUGCUUGUGCACUUGUGGGAAAGACAAGGGGUCCAUUUGUAAAUCAUGGUAUAGUUGUGAUAAUUGAAUGAAUUCCAAUGAUGUAAAAAUUAUAGGAUGAAGCAUUGACUCAAAAAAAGAUAUGAAGAAUUUUUGUACUUAUUUGUAAAAGGUGUUUUUUCCAGGAUUAAGGGUUAACUCAUGUUAAAAUAAUGAUUAUGUAUGUCUAGACUAUUUCAAAUUUUUGGUUAUGACUUUUAUGUGUACAACUGGUGAAUUGAUUUGGUAAAAUUGUUGACAAUAUUGAUUUUUUUUCCUAAAAAUGAGAAACAUGCCUGAUUGUGAUUUAAAAACUUUAUGAUUUAUUUAUUUAAUUUAUUUAGAGGUGAAACUGAACACAACACAAUGUAACAGAACAGGCUGUGGCUUGGCUCCAGUCUAAACCUGAAUCAUGUGACUUUGUUUUGCCAUAUGCUUGACAUACUCAGCCCAUGGUGUCAGUGCAUACAGUAGGGCUUGUGUCUGUUAACUGUGAUUUUCGGUGUCUUUCAGCAGGUGGCAAUAUCAAGUCUCGGGUUUCAUCUUAUAUUAUUAUUUUGUGAAAACUCCAUACUGGGAUGGUAUAGUGCACUGACAUGGCUGUAGAAUCAUUUGUUGGUUGUAAGUACCAACAUUAUUGUUAUGUUGUUAUGGUUGUCCCGACAUUGUUGUUAUGGGCACAUUGUGUUGUGUCUGCCAAGGGAGUGGCUUUGAAAAGUGACUCAACGAUAUAGUUGGUGUAGCAUUCCUAAUGUAUUCAUAGACCAAACGUAUAUUUCACUUGGAUGUACUGAUACCAUAUGUAAAAAAGAACCCUCUUUGUUUUAAUUUGCUAUAAUUAUAGACAUUAAUUGUCAAGAACAUCUCUUCAGUAAAGCAUUGUCCAUGGAAGCAGUGGCCAUAAGAAAACAUAAACCAGUUCAAUUUAGAAACAUGAAAAUUAUUUUCCAGAAAAUAUGCUUAAAAUGUUAAUUACUUACGGUAUCAAGUGGCAUAUGGAACACUUUGAAUUAGAUCACAAAAUGGAAGUAAUGAGUCAAGCGGCAACCUUUCUACAUGCCUACCACAGUGACCUACUGUACGUGAACACAAUAAAGGUUUGAGAAAAGAAAAGAAUUCAAGUGUGUGUCUAGAAGCAAAAAAGUAUUUCUUUUGUAAUGUUU